CAUAAUCACACUUGUCUUUUUACUCCUUGUGGAAUGGACAGUCAUGCACCACUUGUGUAGUGCUGGGUCACAGUGGCACUUAUGGCAGGUGGUACAGAGCCCAAGGCAGGGUGAACCCUGGAGAACUGUAUCUUGUCAUGUUUCUUCAGAAUGUGCACACAGACAUACACUUCAGAGAUGCCAAAGUAUGUGUUAUUUUAAGGCUAGGAAAUGUGCAAUACGUAAUACCCAUAUCGCAUGUUAUGCACAUGCAAUUCUCACAUCACAACAGUCGCGAUAGCUAGGUUGAGAUCAGGCUUUUUCCUACCUUCAUAUGGUCUGGACAUUAUAGUGGGGGGGGGUUUAAGUUUCACUAAAAUAAAAAAAUAGAAAAUAAAACUAGCAAGCUUUGCAGUUUUAAUGAUUGGUCCUUUUCAAGAGUAUCCCAGCUAACAUGGAAUGUUACAAGAACUUUAGCCAAUGUUACUUCUCAAAGAUGGCAGAAAAAUGUUCUUACUGUAACAUUAAUGGAACAUUGUUUAAAUGUUUUACAUUAUAACAAAGGUUCUGUCAAUGUUAGCACAAUAGCACACAAUAGAACAUCCUUUUAUCGUAAUUUUAAUGUUGAACAAUAUUAUUUCGUAACAACAAAAUAUUUUAUAAAAGUGCUUUUUUGACACAGAACAUGACAUCCAUCCUUGAACCCAUGGAGGUAUAAAGCAGUGUUACCCACUUCUGUCCCAUGCCCUUUAAUUGUUUCUGCAUUAUUAUUUUUAGUUGUAGUAGUUCUAGUAGUGGGUUAACAUUCUGGGAACAUUGGGAAAACUGGACACGUUGAGUGUUACGAUUAAGGCAUGGAAACAUUCAGUAAAUGUUCCUAGAAUGCAAAAUUGUAAGGUGGGAUCUAGUAUAUGUUAAAAAAAGCUCUGUGUGUGCUCCCUGAUCAUAAUCGUUUUCAUCCUUGCUGUUUUAAUCACAUAGAUGGGUUUUAUUGCAGUAUUUAUCGUGAAAAUCGCAAUGCAUUAUUAGAAGAUUUCCCAAUAUUGUGCAGCUCAUGAUGUUCACGAAACCCGCAAAGUUCCCCUCGCAUGAGAUGUGGAACUGUUCGGGAGAGGAUGUUGGUUAUUCAAAGAUGCACCACUGGAAGAGGAACUGGAGUCUGUGGGUUUUCAGUUUUGAUUGCAUUAAGACAUUUUUCCAAGGGAUGCUGUCGAAAUAAAUGAUGAAUGGGAAUGAUCUACAGUAAUCUUGGUGACCCUAUUGACUGCUAAAGAUUUGUGAAGUUUGGCUAGGGGUGGAAGGUUGUAGCCAGUCUCAGCCCACUUCAUAAUGCUCACCAAUUGGUUUUUGGAGCAGAGCAGAACCAGACAAUGAUGGAGGUAAUCACAUUUUCAAUGACUAGAUCUCUGUGAGAAUAGUUUGUAGAGCAUCAAACCUCAAGAUGCCUCAAACUAUUAUUAUUUUUUGGUGGCAACGGGUGGAGUUGUUUGUUUUGAUGGCCAACAGCAGCAUGUACGCAGUAAUUUACUUGACGUGUUGGAAAAACUCGUUCUGCCCCACAUACAAAACAGGGACAUGGGAUUGGGUGGGUAGGAAGUGAAAGCCCUAUGCAAGGAAACAGUCUCUGCUCUUUGGAACUGAAAGUCUAUGCUUGGAAUAGCUUUGUUAGGUGGGUACCAGCUGUGCCUACCCUGAGAAAUUAACAGAAUGCGAGCCUAUUGUUUGCGUCUGCUGAGCUAUUCUGGCAUCUCAUUGGGAGCACAGAUCGGCAGCUUUCUCCGCCCAUCACGUGGUGGAAGCACAGUGUAUUCAUUCUUCCCCCAAAAUGGCUGACCGAGGGUACGACAGUGACCUGGAAGCGGAUAACAGCACGGACUGGUCUGAGCUUGUCACCCGCCUGCAGUCCUUUAACCACUUUCCCAGCAUCCCCCAGGUGCCAGUGGAGCGGCUAGCCCGUGCUGGCUUCUACUUCACCGGCAAGGCCGACCGCGUCCGCUGCUUCAGCUGCCAGCAGAUGGUGGAGGGCUGGCACAGUGGGGACACGCCUGUGGCCCGCCACCAACAGGCGUCACCCGACUGCAAGUUCCUUAGCUGCGUCCACGGCUUGCGCCCGGCGUCUGGCGCCUGCCCCACCUCCCUCAUCAACGGCAGCUAUGAUGAGGAGUCUGAAGACAUGCUGUACCGCCUGCGCAGGGGUGAAGUGGUCGAUGAGUCGCAGUACCCCAUGGUCCGCGACAUGUGCAGCGAGGAUGCUCGGCUUCGAUCCUUUGUAGGCUGGCCCUCGUCGACCCCAGUCACAGCACGGGCGCUUGCCCAAGCGGGGUUUUACUACCGAGGCGAGAGGGACCGCGUGCAGUGUUUCUGCUGUGGGGGUAUGCUGGCAGACUGGGAUGAUGGGGACGAUGCCUGGACUGAGCACGAAAAGUAUUACAGCAACUGCUUCUUCAUCUUGGGCCACGAUGUGGGCAACGUGCCUUCCCAGCAUCCCCCGGAGAGGGCGCGACAGCAACAGAGGCUCUCCAAUGAAACCUUUGAAGGCCGCCUCCAGAGCUUCCAGGGUGUUCAGCACCCUCUGGACCCCAUCCUGCUCGCCAGGGCAGGCUUCUACAGCUCAGGCCCACUGGACCGGGUGAUAUGCUUCAAGUGCGGUGGGGGCCUAAAGAACUGGCUGCCAGACGAGGACCCCUGGGAGGAGCACGCCAAGCACUACCCAGGAUGCAGUUUCCUGUUAUCAGAAAAGGGCCAGGAGUUCGUGAACAGUGUGCAGCUGGGGGACACCAGGAGGAGUUCUCAGAAUACCAGUCCUGAAAAUGGAUUUUCCAAACUAGAAACAGGCCAGAACGUCAUGCAGUUUAAGAUUGCAAAGCAGGCUGUAGAGAUGGGCUUGGACCCCACAAAGGUGGAAAGCACCAUACUGGAAAAGAUACGCAGCACAGGCGAGGGAUACACUAAGGUGGAGCUCCUGGUGGAGGAUGUCCUGAAAGGUUCUGCUGAGGGUUCUGUGGAGGAGCCACAGGCAAACAGUGAUGAAGAUCCCCUGGAGAAGUUACGGAAGCUGCAAAGGGAGAAACAGUGCAAAGUGUGCAUGGACAAUGACAUUUCUGUUGUUUUCAUCCCCUGUGGACACCUGGUUACCUGCAGUAACUGUUCCAAGUCCUUAAGCAAGUGCCCCAUCUGCUGUGCUGUGAUUACUCAGAAAAUUAAGACAUAUAUAUCUUAGCCUCUUCAUCAAAGCUUCUGCAUCCAUCUUUAAAUUGGCCUUUCAAUGCAUCUUUGUUCAAUCUGUGUAAAUGAAGCUUUCUGGUUCAUGCAACUACAUACUUUACACGUGAAUGUAAAAUGAGUGGGGAAAAUGUAACAUGAUUUAAAUGCCACAAAGAAAAUGCAAAUCCCUAAGAUGUUAUAUAUCAUGCUGCUGCACCGUGCAGACCAACUGGGAUAUCUAUUUCAUUGUGCGUCUUUCCGGGGGUAAGAAAUGUAAUUCAUUUUAGUCACAAUCGCCUUUUUCCUUACUUGACAAGCUGAGAUCUUUGCAUCGUUUUGUUUGCUCAUAAAUGUCCCAGUAAUCUGCCCAGCUGCUGCUAAUGACUGUGUGAAUGUCACCGCCAUUUCUAAAGGGAGGUGCUGUAAAUAGAUUUUAAAAAAUUAGAUGACUGAGUUACAGUAGCAUGAGGUGAGUGAAAGCUCAGUAGAUCUGGGAACGAUUCUCUGGUUAUAUCAAAAUUAUUUUUGUGUAAUCUAUGCUUUUCAGUAUGAUUUUAACUGGUGUAAUUCUAAAAUAUAUACAUAAUUCCAUAUUAUGCCUCUAAUUUUUCAAAAUUUUCUCUGAUUUUUAUUAAAAUGAGCAAUGUUUUAUUCUAAAAUGCUUCCCAGGGAUCAAAGAGAAAAUCCAUAAAUAACCACAUAUAUAUUUAUAUCAUAUUAUUGUAUAUUUAACAUUUUUGCUGAUAGUGUACUUAAUCUGUAUAGUAAUUGCUUAUGUAGUAUAAAGUCUUGGGGGGGGAACAGAGUUCUGUGUUGCAGAGCAGGGACCUUUUUCCUAACUAUUAAAUAUGAAUAUAAAUGUA